GCGAGCAUGGAGGAGGUUGAACAAGCUAACAAGGUAGCUAUUGAGAGCUGUCAUAGAGUUCUUAGUCUCUUGUCUUUACCAAAGGAUCAAGUUCAGUAUAGCAACUUAAUGAUGGAAACUGGGGAAGCUGUGUUUAAGUUCAAAAAAGUUGUGUCUCUUCUCAGCAAUGACUUAAGUCAAGCAAGAGUAAGAAAGUUGAAGAAGUUUAGAUCAACUUUGCCUGAAAAAAUCUUCCUAGAAAGUCCCAAUUGCAGAACAGUUUUAUCACCAAAACCCCUUCAAAUAUACCCUUCUAAUCUGUUUGACAAACCACCCUUUGAAGUUCAUGCUAGAGCUAGAAAUCAGUUGCAGCUGACACCAAAGGUGUUCUUUGAUCAGAACCCUUCAUUUGAAAUGAAUUCAUCACUUAAGCCUUCCAUCCAAACUUCCCAAGUUAAGUCAUCACAAGACUUCCACUUUGUUCACCAUCAUCAGCAACAGAUGCAAAGGCUGCAAUUUCAGCAACAACAAAUGAAAUAUCCUGCCGAUAUGGUAUUUUCUAAGAGUAAUAGUACUGGUAUAAACCUUAAGUUUGAUGGAUAUAGUUGUACACCAACCAUGUCAUCAAACAGAUCAUUUGUCUCGUCUUUGAGCAUGGAUGGUAGUGUUGCUAACUUGGAUGGGAAUUCCUUCCAUUUAAUUGGCAUGCCACACCAUUUUGAUCAAAUCUCGCAUCAAUCAAGGAGGAAGUGUUCAGGUAGGGGAGAUGAUGGCAGCAUGAAAUGUGGUACUACUGGUAAAUGCCAUUGUUCAAAGAGGAGGAAACUGAGGAUUAAGAGGUCUAUUAAAGUGCCUGCUAUUAGUAACAAAGUUGCAGAUAUUCCUCCUGAUGAAUAUUCAUGGAGGAAAUAUGGGCAAAAGCCGAUUAAGGGUUCUCCACACCCUAGGGGAUACUAUAAGUGUAGCAGUGUGAGAGGUUGCCCAGCAAGGAAGCAUGUCGAGAGAAGCCUGGAGGACCCUUCAAUGCUGCUUGUCACCUAUGAAGGCGAGCAUAAUCAUUCAAGGUUGCUCUCAACACAGUCUGCCCAUACUUGAAAAUGCAUUCUUUUACUUUAAAAACCCAACCUCCGAUGGUUGGUUUUUAGAUGUGCAUAGCAAUUGUACAUAAUAAUAUGGCGUUUCAACCACAGAACUAGAUCAACAAGGUUCUUAUAUAGAACAGCAAUUGUGAACUUUUUAACUUUGAAUUUAUGUGUAACCUAUGUCUCUUCUUCCUUUUUUUUUCCUUUUUUUUUUUUUUUUCAAUUUGUAAGCUUUGAUUGUAUGUAUGCUUGCUUGACAAUCUGUAAAAGAAAA